GGGCUCGGCUUAUUAGUUUCUGGCGUUCUCGUUGUUACGUUCUCUGCUCACUCCUGCUUAUUUGAUUUGUCUGGAAUGUGACUGUUCUAUUCGCCUGGAUGGAAUUUCACAUUGACCCCCUCUCACCCUUCUUGCACCCCCUCUUCUGCUUUGCAUGAGGUUUGAAACGCAGCUCUUGUUUGGCUGUCCUUUUCCUUGUCGGACUUUUCCUUUCACCGGCUCUCGGUUUUCCUGCCUGCAGACAGCUCCUGUGAUCCUAACGUUCCCCCAGACCCCUUUUCCGUCCCAUAGGCUGUACAAUUCCACCGCCACCACUGUGUGAGUUUUGUCUCCUCCGCGCCCGUUUGCAUGCAUGGUCAUCCAUUUCGAGUCAUUUAGCCUUCCUCAAACGCUCGAGAGGCACUCUAACAUCUCAGCAUAAUUUCCGCACUCACACCUUCCUUUUUGGGUCCAAUGUCAUUUUCUACAUGGAAUUCCGCUGAAAAUCGUGUUUAGCUGAUUUCUUUUGGAAAGAAUCAGCCCGGCACAUUUGGCCCAAUAUCGCACCUCUUUUUCUGAGAAGGAGUUGCUGCCGAUAUUCUUGUUGACACUGGCUGGCCAAUGUCCGAUGUUUUGUUUUUCGACGAUGGCUUUCACACCGUAACCAACUAGACAUAGAGACACGGAAUCACUCUAGAUUAGCGUUUCUCAGACCCGAUUAGCACCAAUGUUGUGAGGGGAAUUAGCCAGGGUCUCGUUGUAGGUAUUCAUUUCCAAGUUGUUUUCGCCUCCUGUCCAAACUAUUUCUCAACUUUGUAUCGACGGUAAUUCGACAAAUGCCCCCCUGUGGCGUCAUAGUAGCCAAACAUUGGAAGCUUGGACCACUGUAAGAUCACGGUUCAUUGAUCUCUGGGUUAUCAGUGUUAAAAGUGGCUUUGCACAUCUACUCAUAACUGAAUGUUUCACUCAGUGACCACUGGUUAGUUCUCGUGCUAGACCCUGAAAUUGGGUGGUCAGUCUCAUGCUUGGAUCUGCCUACCUGCCAACAGUUAACAUCUUGAUUGAUAGUGAAUGCCCCAUCAGGCUGACAGUACAGGUACUGGCUAAAAACCCUGAUACAUGUUUCGCCAAUUUUGUGCAGCUGUGAGGGGGUUCGGUUCAUCAGCGAGUCCCCCAGCGUCCCCCGUGUGCUUUCUGGUACUUGAACUUCGGUUUUCAUACCGUCUAGUUGCAUUUCCGUGGUAAUUAAUACGCGAACCUGAAGUAAAUCCAUUGGGAAAAAACCGUUUUUGGGCUGGACCCGGAACUUGACAGGAAUAUUUUAGCAGGAAUCCACCAGCUACUACGUAAUAUUCACAAACUUCUAACAGACAGCCAGUAGUAUGCACGUAAUGAAUGACCCACCAUAAUGUCAGCACAGGUACUUGCUAGACAACCUGACAAAUAAUGUAUGCCUGCCCGGGGUCUGCCGUUGCCCACUGCGGCACUGUGCGACUCGUUGCGCUGCGACACCGUUUGACCAUAGAUUCUAGUCUCAGGUAACGGGCCACCCCGGUGUUUCUGCUAUAUGCGUUAGCACCCUCAAAAUAGUUACUUGGACAUUAAACACCUACUGCCACUCGUGAACUUUUGGGCCCGUCUGUGCAUUCGAUAACUGAGUCUACUUAGGACAUGAAUCAAUUACAUGCCGCACUUUUCGGUUGUGCAGGUUGCAUACUCAUUCACUACAUCCAAUCGGGUGUUCAGUCGCCUCUAAUUACUUUUUUAACUGGAAUUCGGUGGGAGUGCGUCGUCCAGUGUUGCUCGGGUCAUGUCUCUGAUUGUCCAGCUCCCUUCAUCUGGGUGAGAAUGGACCUCGUCGACCAUUGCGAUUAAAAUACUGCGUCAAACACCGAAAUGGCUGGCCUUAUUGCGUCAAUAAUCUUAUGUCGUCCCGCAAACUAUGGUCCGGAAGAAAUCAGAGGGUCACUUUUUCUGACGAAGUGUAGUUCGUGGCGCCGCAGUUGCGUGUCGACCCUGGAGACACCGGCAAGGGUACGAGUCAGGGAACCGGUCGGCCUCAUCAGUCGUCCUUAUUGGGGUCAGAGCGAUGUUGACGCCGCCUAUGUAACGGUAGCCUUCGUUGGAACAAACGGACUUAUUGGCGAAGCGCAAAGCACCCAAUUUCGUCACCAGCCAUGUAUGUCACUGGAUGCUAGUGAAAUCGCUCGGGUUCCCCUUACCAUAGUCUAGACCUCGCGCAUUUCGUCACCGACGAUGAUGUAAUGGCAGUCCUCUGGGAGGCAUGUGCGUGUGGUGCUGAGGGGCCACCUGUUCAUCUGACGGGAAGUGUGCGCUCGCAAAGCUGCACACUCGUCGUUGGUCCCGAAACCCAACUUUCUACCGUGACCUAAAUUCACUGCAGCAUGCGCGGCGGUCAUGCUCCUCCUUCCAACCGCGUUCUGUAUUCGAACUUGUUUUCGAUGAAGAUCAUGCAAUUUUCGGCCGCCUAUGAGGCUUUACUAUUAUCCUCUGUCAUUGGAGAAUGCUUUCCUAUCUGUUUUGACAUUUAAGGCUCAGCAAAUGUUUCUACAGUUAUCAAGAGGGAUACUAAUUCCACUUAUUUAUUGCGUUUCAACUUUCCUCCCACGAAAAGGUGACUUUUCUGCUUCGACAGUCUAGUUACUUUGCCGAGUCGGCACCAUUUCCUCUUACCCACAGGACUUUCGUUACGUUGUAAAAGAGUGAUGUCGCUCGUUGACUAUGCGCCUGGUUAGAUGUAGCAAAGUUAAUUUCCCCUUCUAUUGUCUGAGACGCUUUUCUGACGUUGAGAUGACAGUGGUUUUGUGAUUCACCUCCUCCCCCUCCUCUAUGCUGCGUAUUCUGCCCCAGCAGAUGUCCCUAUCCCUGUGAAGGUUGUCUGCAUCAAACUGCUGUCCUCUGGUUUACAUUCGCCGUAGAAUUAACCCCCCUCCCGCCUACUCCUAACUGCAGGCUAAUAGUUGAGGCAACUUUUUUUCUUCUCAGGCCUCGCGCCUCUAACCCCCUCUUGGCUUUCUUUUUCCCCCUCAUCGUGACUCGCCGACUAUGUUUUGAUGCUGGGAAGUCGCGUAUUCUCCUGUCUCUUUUUCAUCUCCCUCCCCACUCUUUGCCUAAUUCUCCUGCUCAUCGGUCUAUGUAGGCGUUAGCAGCGGCCGUCGCCGCUGCCUCGGCAGCCUCGGGGAACAUUGCGACAGCGACCCAACAGCAGCAGCAGCAACAACAACAGCUUCAUCUGUUACUGCGGCUCCAGCAACAGCAGCAGAACGGUCCCACUGCGGCGACGGCAGCGGCCGCGAUUGCGAACCUCUACGCAGAGGCCUCCAUGGGCGGUGGCGGCGCCAUGAGGGCAGCAGCAGCAGCUGUGACGACCUCACCCUCCGGCGGUGGUUUAACGACGACGCAAUCAGUAACUGACGCAAAUGCAGCAGCGGCCGCCGCCGCCGCCGCGGCGACUAGCCCUUCGCCGGUCUUGGCCGCCAUUGCCGCUGCGCGGCAACAGCAGCAGCAACAGCAGGAACAGUUGCAAAAGCAGUUGGCGGCUGUGCAGGUGAGUGUGAGCCCGGUGUCUUGAUUCGCCACCUCCUGCAUAAAUUACGUUGCUGACGAUAUGCGUUUGUCGCUGUAGUACGUUCGGUUUCACUUGAAGUUCGUUGCAUGCUGCUGCCCAAGACAAGCAGUCCUGGAUUAGCCCCACCCGAAUUGUCUGUGGGGGGGAAUCUGUCUUGCGCUUCAGUAAGCGGACUUUUUGGUUAGCUUGGGCAUUAAUUUUAUGCGCCACCUGUCGUUGGUUUUUUACACUAGUUUUUGGCUGUGCUUGUAUCUUCCUGACCGGCAUCUUCCUUUGGACCGUUGUACGAUAUUGCCAUUGCAUACUUUUUACGAGACGCACAUUCUUCGGUGGCGUAUAACAUGUUUUAAGCCGCUUUCUGUAUCUGACGAAUUUGACCUAUGACAACAAGCAAAAGCACAUGUUCCCAGAGACAUUUGGGGGGAAAAAGACACAGUUGCCCCAGUCCAAAAUGUCAGACGAACUAAAUUUAUUCCGGCGCUCGCGUCCUUUUCCCUUCUUAGUCGUUUUUUGCAAUCCUCCGAAAAAGCGAGCGUGCUUUGAGUGGAAAGUCGGCUGUAAGGCUGCUGAGGGUACUUAUAGCACUACCAGGAUAUUUAGUGAGACUAUUGCCAAUAAAAUACACAACGAGACCUUGCUUCAAACAAAUUUAACGAUAGCUAACACAGCCAUGGAGGUAGUGGUUGCUGCGGGCCCCUCCUAUCCCAGGACAGAAUUUAAAGCCUUCGUUCUUUUGAAAUUGUCCUGUGCUUUUUGCUCACAGCAAAGGUGAUUCACUUUUGCAUCGUACUAUAAUGCACAAAGAAGAAUACGUUCUUUUUGUCAUUGUCGUCGUUCAACGCACUGCCUUCGCAAAAAUAAAGUUCCACUGAAAGUCAUAGUCACUGUUCGGUGGUUUUAAUCGGACGUCAACCAUAGCCGCCUCAAAUGACCCUCUGAAUGGAUCGCGACGGGCAGCUACCUGCACGUAGCACAAGUUAUCGACACAACGGAUCCAAUCCUUUUGCCUGCCAACGUCGGACGAAGUGCCUCACGUGGCGCCAUUUAGAAGCUGAACUAGCUGGCCUGUGAAGCUCUGCCUCAUCCGCCAUAUCCACCGGACUUGUCACUUCCAGACUGUCGGUUUUUAAAUACUCGAAUCACUUCACUCGAGGAGAUGAAACUUCAGAUGAAAAUGUUUUGGGGAAUUCUCCGGCUCCAGAAUUCUUCGGAAGUAGUAUCAACAAGCUCCUGUCCAGUCGGCAUAGGUGUUUGGUUGCCAUCGUAAAUUGUCCAGUUAUUAACGUCUUCCCUCAACAAGUAUUCAAAUUUAACCAUCAACGAUUGACAUAUUUUACGCCAUAUUAUGCGUCAGCACGGCUGUCACGGUCGACAUACAUGGUAUUGCGUUCAUAAUGCUCGAUGAAAACCAGCACUGUCUGAACAAUGUGGUUGUGACUUGCGCGCCAGUAAGUUUUGUUUUGGUGAGGGCACUUCGGACAGCAGCUACCUCGCUCUCUUUCCACACAACACCUGAUGGUUAAGCAGCAUUAAAAAACGACUGCGAAUGGACAUGGAGUCGGCGGCUGACGAGACCGAAUCCACGACUGCGCCUGCCACGCACGGAGACCUGUCGUCGGAAAAAUAGUUUCUACAUUGGGAAGGAGUCUAUGCAUUCUAACCCUCGCUGCAGAGUCGGGCAACCUUUCAAGCCACGACUUUUAGGGCGACGCAGGAUUCUGGUGCCUGUCGCAGUUAUUUUGGUGAGAGGAGCCUGUGCUAUACGCUUAUAUGUCCGACAGAUGUGCUUUUUCGCUCUCCUAUCAAAUAUCGGUGGCAAGUCCAAGUCAAGCCGACUGGAACUGCAGACAGGCUUGGUGGCUGAAGUUGGGAGGGGGGGGGGAUUAAAGUCACGUCCAAAACAUGGCAUACGCUUCUCUUUCUCCCCUUUGAUGCCAGCGCAAUACCUCAAGCCGUUAUGGCCCCCGGCACACCAAAAACACACUUUUUGCAACCUUUGUUUGUUGAAAGAGUCUCUUGUUUUAAAAUCAGGCAUAGACAGCAGAAUUUAUUGGAACCAGUAAAUUUCGCGACAGCUUAUCAACUGCAGCCUGUCGUUGCAUAACACAGAUAACAAGUAAGAAAGAUACAGAGGUUUGAACUUCCACAGAGGAAAUCAAUGUAACACGGCAAGGUCAUCGUAUACAGCACGUAGACUAAUAAAUAAAAUGGUAAUUUGAAAACGCAACAUAGCAAAGAAAAUGGGAAGUUUAUACGCCGAGGUACGCCGAGGGAUUUCGUGAAUCAAAAGGACUCAGAUCUACCAGGGCAAGCUGAGGCUGACCACGUGGUCUAACUGUUCACAUAGGUCGGGUUUCUCCCGCCGUAUAUAGGCUGCCUCCAGGUAGCGCAGUAACCGAGUUGUUCGUGCUCGAACUCAUACUCUAAAAGAUGUUUUGGGGUCAACCGAAUGACCGCUAUGAAGGAGGUGUUUUGUAAUAAAAGACCGUGGAAUCUUAUUCUCCUGCUUUAGAAGCUAUUUAGGCGCGUGCUCAACUGAACUGGCUACCAGCUGCCUUUGCGUUCGCCCAAAGUACUUGCAUCCACAAGUGCAUGUAAAUUCGUAAACACAAUUUGACGUAGCAUACAAUGGCAAGGCAUCCUUCGACCGUUGAACUUCGAUAGUCUUAGUAGGGCUGCGGAAUAUGAGUUCAGCUGAGUUGUAUGUUCUUUCAAUGGCGCAUCUCAAUCGCCGCUUGAUGGUAUUUUAUAUGUUGUCACUCUUAAAGGGUAAGGAUAUUACAAUGGGCCUUUUCGGAACUGAUUGCUCCGUCAAUUUUGGCCGUAGAAUGUUGCUAUACCUUUCGAUGAAUCGUGUUGGAUAUCUCCGUUUAAGCCUGCUUCAAAUUCAUUCCGGGGAAAUAUUGCUUCAAGUUCCUUGUUUGUAUCUUUGUCCAUCCCGAUAGGCUGCCGGGGGCUCCUCGUUGGUUCAGCAGCAGCAACAGCAACAGAAACUUCUGGCUCUUCACGCCCUUAGCGCUGCUGCCCAACAACAACAACAGCAGCAACAACAACAACAAGUGCAGAAGCAGCAACUGGGCGUUUCCACCUCGUCCGCCGAAGUGAUGGCUGCUCUGAACUCUGCCGCCAUCCAACAGCAGCAGCAACAACAACAACAGCAACAACAAAUGGCAGCUGUGCAGGCACUCUAUCAGAAUCAGCAACAGGCAGCCCUGGAGGCCCUGCUGUUGCAGAAUCAACAGGCCAACCUCCUCAAACGGUUCUUGCGGCUGUCGUAG